GGGAUCGCCUUAAAGUCUGUUCAGAUGCAUUUGCGCGCGAAACGUAUGCACGAGGAAACGAACCAAUCACGCGUUUGAUAAACAGAAUACGUGCUCAUGUCUGGAAUUUUAAAGUUUGGAUUACUGGCGACGAGCGGCCGGCAAUUUCCUCCUAAAGGCACAGUGAGUGUACGCCGAUUUACCAGGAUGUCCCAGUUAUUAGACAAUGUGCCUGAUGUGGAUAUCGAUGGCCACGGGAGAUUCAAAUAUAUCUUGAUCAAUGUGCAGGACGACAAAAACAAAGCUAGCAAGAAGAUCGUCAGGGGAUAUGCGAGAGCGCAAUGGCAUGCUGAUAUAUUUGACGAGGUAGAGGGACAAAUCAAGAAACACGCCGGUCUGCAGGCGGACUGUGUAGGCGGUGGAAGAAUUGAGCACGACCCCGACGAAAAGACCAUCAAAGUUUAUGGAUAUUCGCAAGGUUUUGGUAAAGCUGACCAUCAAGUGUCGGUUGAGUUAUUGAAGAAAAAGUAUCCUGGCUAUAACAUCACGUGUUCUGACGAAGGUUACUAACCAAGAAAAUAUGAUAAUGAAAUAUCCUAUCUUGUUUAAUAACUUAACAAAUACAAGAUUGAAUAUUGCUUUGUAUAUUUAUUACAUUAUUUACAGUUGUUAAUAAAAUGUAUGUACGUGUCGGAAUGAAA